AUGCCUUCCAAUGUGACGGGCGGUGCCACUGGAGCUACUGCCCCUCAGAGCGUUGAGCAUAUUACGCGGAUAGCACAGAACUACGAGUACAACUCCUCUGUUCCAUUACGGUAUUGGCUGAGGACCGCCACAACGCUUUUACGUGAGGCCCGCAUAUAUGAACGCGAAGGACACGAUGAGCAAGCCUAUCUCAUUCUAUUUCGACACGCUCAGUUGAUCCUGGUCCAUCUGUCUAAGCACCCCGAUACCAAAAAGAACGAGGAAGAUCGCAAGGCCUUGGUGGCAGCCGAGAAAGAGGUUGAGAAAAACCUUAGCAAGCUGGAGAUUCUGAGGCCGCGUAUCAAUAAGCGAUAUGAGCGUUACACUCAGUUGAUGCGCGAGCGCGAAUCUCGGAAACAGCCCCCACAAACCAAGAUUGUCGCCGAACCACGAGAACAAGUCGCCGAUCCCGCUCUUGCCGGCGUGGCAGAGCCUUUGGAAGCUGGGGAGAAUCGAGAUCUUGCCGUGCAGUUAGCUCAAUCAGAGCUCAACCGCCGAGCCACCGUCCGAGACUCAAAGAGUCUUUCUGGGCCAUCUGCCGAAGAGCUGGAAACUCGUCGCGCAGCUGGUGUAUGGGGGGACUGGGACCAUUCUAUCAAAUCGGAAUCCCGCGCGGGUGAUGGCGACCUCGGUCAACGUGUUCAGAAUAUCAGGGCCAAUCUGGAUCAUGCAGAUGAAUCUUAUGGUCAACUUGCGAAAGAGUCCGUGGUUCCUUCGUCGGCUGCUUCUGCGUACAAUUAUCCAACUGUGCCACGUCAGAAGCCACUGGAGCCCACUGUAUCUCCAGGAAAUAUUGCCAUUCUCGAUAAGAACGUCGAACGCCAGGCACCUCCGAUAUUGCCUCCGAAGCAGCACCUUGAGCCUAGCCGGGCAUCUAUUGUCAAUGAUUCUGCAACAGCUUUAGCGCCAGCGCGGCCAGCCAAAGUAUUGCCAGGUCCGGCGCUGCCUGAGAAGAUCCGACCUUCCGAACAGACAACCGCUACGCGCUCAGAUCUCGAUCCCUCGAGUUACACCUUCAAACCCUCCGCCUAUCUCGAAAAUGGCACCCCCCUGCGCUCGGUAUUUUUACCAGCGAACCUUCGAUCCCGCUUCUUAUCUCUGGUUGCUCCUAACACCCGCGCUAACCUUGAGACAUGCGGUAUUCUGUGUGGUACCCUUGUCUCCAACGCGCUCUUCAUAUCCAAGCUGGUCAUCCCCGAGCAGACAUCGACAUCAGACACCUGUGAAACGCUUAACGAAUCCGCUCUUUUCGACUACUGUGACUCGGAGGAUUUGAUGACACUCGGCUGGAUCCACACACAUCCGUCACAGACUUGUUUCAUGAGCUCUCGUGAUCUACACACGCACUGCGGGUUACCAAGUGAUGCUGCCCGAGAUAAAAGUCCCGACUGGGGUGUGUUCCGACUGACUGAUCCUCCGGGUCUAAAGUCAGUUUUGAACUGCCACCAGACGGGUCUGUUCCACCCACAUGCCGAGGAGAAUAUCUACACCGGGGCCUUGCGGCCGGGACAUGUCUUCGAAGUCAGUGGGUUGGAAUUUGAGACGGUGGACCUUCGUCCGGGUGCCUUAAAGAACUAA